CAGGCAGGCCGGCUCAGUAAAGCGGCGCCAGCGGGGGAAGAUGGCGGCUGUUGUACCGCAGCGGGCGUGGACGGUGGAGCAGCUACGCAGUGAGCAGCUGCCCAAGAAGGACAUUAUCAAGUUUCUGCAGGAUAACGGUUCAGAUUCGUUUCUGGCAGAGCAUAAAUUAUUAGGAAACAUUAAAAAUGUAGCCAAGACUGCUAAUAAGGAUCAUUUGGUUACAGCCUAUAACCAUCUUUUUGAAAGUAAGCGUUUCAAAGGUACUGAAAGUGUAAGUAAAGUGUCUGAACAAGUGAAAAAUGUGAAGCUUAAUGAAGAUAAACCCAAAGAAACCAAGGCUGAAGAGGCUCUGGAUGAGGGUCCACCAAAAUACACAAAAUGUAUUCUAAAAAAGGGAGAUAAAACCAACUUUCCCAAAAAGGGAGAUGUUGUUCAUUGCUGGUAUACAGGAACACUACAAGAUGGAACUGUUUUUGAUACAAAUAUUCAAACAAGUUCAAAGAAGAAGAAAAGUGCCAAGCCUUUAAGUUUUAAGGUUGGAGUAGGUAAAGUUAUCAGAGGAUGGGAUGAAGCACUUUUGACUAUGAGUAAAGGAGAAAAGGCUCGACUGGAAAUUGAACCAGAAUGGGCUUAUGGGAAGAAAGGACAACCUGAUGCCAAAAUUCCACCAAAUGCAAAACUCUUUUUUGAAGUGGAAUUGGUGGACAUCGACUAAAAUAGUGUCUGAUUUGAAGAGCUCAGCAAUGAUAAAACUUGGCCUUGAAACUCAUGUUGGAAUAGUCAACUGGAAAAUCCAAGGAGUUAAGACAUGUUUAUACUUGAUACCAAUUUUUGAGAAAUGCAAUCCCAUAUAAGUCCUGUGAAUCUAAGAUAUUUUGGUAUAGCUGUGUAAAAUAUUGGUUAAGGAGUACUUUUUCCUUUUACCUCAUGUUGUAAUCUAAAAGGCUCAAUAAAAACUUAACUAUCUUGAUUUGA